AGGCCGAACUCCCUCCCUCUUCUCUCUCUCUCUCUGGACCAUUGCGUUGCUCUGCUUGCUGAAGAUUACUAUGCGGAAGCUCGAUUGAGGGUCCCGAGCCCCUCGAACUUGGGUGUUGAUGAGCACGAGCUCGAUUGGCUCGGUCGAUUGGAAGGGAGUAGCUCGAUCGGCUUCCAGCUCCGAGUCCAACUUGUAUAAGCGAGCUGGGAUCGGCCCUCAAUCGAGCGUCUCCUGUCGUAUGUUGGAUUGUUUCUUGUUGAUUUGGGCGGAUUUUUAAGAGGCAAGUUUUGUUUGGUCGCUGCUAAAGAUUCAGCUUUUGAUACGGAGCAGAUUCCAAUGUUUCAUAUUUGAUUUGGGUUGCUCUCAGAAGAGAAAUAGGAAGCGACAGAGAAAACGGGGGACUGUCCUGAAGCCGACAGUGUGUCGGGGAUGAUGACCGGAUGGUGUCUUCUGUGAUGGAGGUCGGGGUAGUUGGGCUGUUGAGGGUUGCCUGGGUCGCGGGGAUUCUGCCCCUGGUCAUAGCUUCGCUCCCCUUCUCAAGCCUUGAUCGGUUCCACGGAGUUCUGUCGGGGUUCGCUAGUAGAGGAAAGACUAUGCAACCGUCUUCACAUAGAUUCUCCGUGCCUCAGAGGUUCUUCUCUCAUUUUUACAUAAUCGGUGUUCUAUGGACGACACUUCUGCUCGUGGUUACAUGGGCUUACGCAUAUAAUAUGGCACCCUUAUCUUCAGAGCCAUCUAUGUAUUCCAAUAUCGCGAGCCACUUGACGGGAGGUCCAUUUUCAUGGCACAGAACUGCUUCAGCCUCAUUAAAGCACACAUACACAGUCUGGAACUCUGUGUUUCUACUUUUACUAAUGGAAAUCCAAGUUUUGAGGCGCCUCUAUGAGACGAUUUAUGUUUUUUACUAUAGCCCAUCUGCUAGAAUGCACAUAUUUGGAUAUCUGGCCGGGCUCUGUUUCUACACGGCUGCUCCACUCUCACUCUGUUGCAAUUUUGCGGUGGACGUGUACAAAUUUUCAGCAAGUCAAGUGUCUGAAUUUAUUAUUAGAGGCAAAAAUCAGAUGCCACCUUUUGAAGUCGGCUUUUGGGAAAUCACCAGUCCUUUUCUGAAGCUUCGAUGGCGGCAGUGGAUUGGUGCAGCUAUACUUCUCUGGGGUUGGAUUCAUCAACAUCGAUGUCAUGCAAUUCUUGGCUCUUUAAGGAAACGUCCUGGGCAAAGCGAUGAGUAUGUGAUCCCACGCGGGGAUUGGUUCGAAAUAGUCUCAUGUCCUCAUUAUUUGGCAGAGAUAGUCAUAUAUGCUGGUCUCCUGGUUGCUAGUGGUGGCAUAGACUUAACCAUCUGGUUGCUCUUCGGAUUUGUGGUGGCAAAUUUAGUGUUUGCUGCAGUAGAAACACAUAGGUGGUACCAUCGUAAAUUUGACAACUACCCAAGGAACCGGUACGCCGUCAUUCCGUUGAUUUACUGACAUCUUCCUGGAAAAAAAGUUGGAAGUUUGCUGAGGUCCCAGGUGACCAUGAAGUUUUUAACAGGAUUUUAGCUUUCAGUGUUUGGCAAAUGCUUUGCUUUGUUGCAUGUAUAUAUGAACAGAGAUUGUCGAAUAGUAGAACAAUGUCCUUGCACCAGAUGCAAAUGUUAUUAUAUAUAUAUGUUGAUAGCAAAUAAUGCAAUUUGAUGUCCUCCUGCGGGGAGUUCCUUCACAUUC